AUGGGCUAUUCACCCAACCCGGCACACGAAAUCGGCGGUGGCAUGAGCAAAUUCGUCUCAGGCGCUUCGGACAUCGACAUCCCCAACACGCUCAUGCUCGCCUUUCUGAUUCUGUUCAUCGCUUACAACGCCGCCGUCUGCUUUGAUCUGGAUCUAGAAGCCACCGUCAACUUCGGCGUGACGAUCUACAACUCUUCUGUCAACUGGGUCAAGUCUACUCGCCAAGACAUCCUCAAAGCGCAGAAAUUUGAUGUCCUGCCUCAGCGUAUAGUCCGUAUGCUUUUCAAACCCGUCACGCGCUCUGCUCAGACCGUCACUGUCGACGCCGUCACUGUUCCCGGCGUCGGCACGAUCGCCCUGAUCCGUGGGCUUCCUUCAGACCUCCCUACGACUGAUAAGUGUCGUUUCCUCGAGACCGCGCUCUACAUUCAAUAUCAACCACAGCUCCAGGCCCACCGGACCUCGAACCACACCAGUUCUGCCACCACCCAAGAUGCUCAAACCGACACCUGCGAUCCUGAUCUGUGGAACGGCACUUUUGUCCGCAACGCCGCAUCCAAUGCUUCCACACCAAGCACUUCUGGGAUCAACACUCCUACUUCCGACACUUUUGCUUCCAACGCCGCGACCACCUCAUCAUCUCCACGCCCCAUCUUUCGGUCAGUGACGCGUGAUGAGCAUCUAGCCACGCUUGCGCACGAUCCAGGCGCGGUUGAGCAGGAUCAGACCACCCAUAACGAGGCUGGUGAGGGCGAUGGCAACGAUGGUGUGGGCGCGGAUGAUUGA